AUGGUCGGUGGGAGAACGAAAUCGAACCGCGGUCGAAAGAAGCCACCGCAGGCCCCUGCUCCACCGUCGGGUAGAACCCUCCGAAGCAAUUCGCGGAUUGUAGAACAAGUACAACAAGUAGAAGAAGUACAAGAAGCCGUGUCCAUCAGCACCGACUAUGAUGUAGGUGCGGACGGUGUGGCAGAAGAUGCGGGAGUCCUUCUUCGCGAGAAAUUGCCUCGGAGACUCUUCCCUGUUCAUUGCUAUCCUAGUGGAAUCAACAGGCUCAACAUCUACGCAAAGGCACAUGUGAUUGGGGAGCUCGUGACCAAAAAGAAGCAUGAAUUGUGGACCGUUUUCGGAGGCAAUCCUAUCCGAUUCUCGUUGGUGGAGUUUAAGCGCGUUACUGGUCUUAAAUGCGGGAAGUUUCCAAGAUCCGAAGAUGAUGAAGAAGGAACAGGGCAGCCUCAAACCAAACCGGGGGAGAUGUCAAAGAUGUGGACAGACCUGUUCAACAGGAAAGAUUCCAGCGUAACAGUCGAUGAUGCGAUAGCAAUGUUAAAGGCACCGGAUGUGGCGGAGUGGAAACGGUUGCCAUUAGCACUCAUAAUCUUAGUGGAUGGUGUCCUCCUAUGUCGGGACAAAGCUCUAUAUAUCACACCGGCAUAUGUCGAUAUUCUCUGCGAUAUUGAGUAUUUUCUAGACUAUCCGUGGGGUAGAGAAUCGUACGUGAUGACAAUUUCGAGAUUCAUACCGCUACCUCAUGAGUUCUUAGACGGAGAUGAAGAUCCGUUGGAUGAGAUGCGUGCCCGUCUGAGGCAGCAAACAAGUGCAUGUUUCGGUUUUCCUUUAGCUCUGCAACUGUUUGCAUUCGAAGCGAUUCCGAUGCUCGUUCGUCAAAUUCCUCAACCGGAGAAAACGGACACAUUUCUAACGGAUCCAUCCGCCUGCGAGAAGACGCAAACAAUUCUUUAUCUUAACUCCAUAGUCGAAGUGGAAGAAGACCCCGAGGUAUGUUUAUACUAUCCUAAUAAUAGUCUCAUAAUUUCAUUUAAAGAGUAUGUUAGAAACGAAGCAAAAAAAGAAUUGGAGUGGGAUGACGAGGUUGUGGACGAGCAAGUGGAAAUGUUGAUCAAAUUGAAGAGGGAAGGUCACAAAUUUUCUCAUUCUGAUUUCCAAGGAUGCGAGGCAUCUGGGAAUGUGGAGGAACCCAGAGCAGGGGAUGAUGAGAGAGCAGAAGCUACGGAGCAAGGGAAAGGACCGAGGAAACAAGGACCGGCGGCAAGAAAAAGAUCAAAAAAAGCUCAAAGAAAGGGCGUAGGUCGGAAGAAGGACAAUAGCAAGGCCAGAAACCUGAGAAAGUAG